GGAUUCUUCUUUUCUUGCAGACUUUGUAGUCACCUUUAAUCGGUUCACUCAUUCAUUCACUUUUUGUGCAUCAAGCAAACGUUGAUAACCAACCAGCUGAUUGGAAGAAAUGCCGCGUGGCAUGCUGCGUCUGUGUGCCUAUGGAGGCGACGUUAUCCUGCAGAUUCCCAAGCCGUACCAUCCGCUGCGUCUGUUUUCAGGCAGCGUUAAACUACUGCAAAAAGAUGGAAAACCGGCAACAGCCGUUACGGGUAUCCCGUAUAAAAAUUUGGUGAUUGGCGUUCCCAAGGAAAGAUGGGUUAAUGAGCGACGUGUUGCUGUCACGCCUGCCGUUACGGCCACUCUGGUUAAAAAAGGCUUCAAGGUGAACGUUGAAGCCGGUGCCGGAAUGGAGGCCAAGUUCCGCGAUUCUGAGUAUGUUGCUUCCGGUGCUAACAUUGUCGACAAAACACAAGCAUUCCAAUCUGAUAUUGUACUUAAAGUUAGACAGCCAACGGAUAAUGAGAUCGCAGGGAUUAAGGAGAACUCAACGCUCAUCUCCUUUCUCUACCCAACCCAGAACAAGGAGCUGAUCGAUAAGCUGGCCCAAAAGAAGUUGACUGCAUUUGCCAUGGAUUCCAUUCCACGUAUUUCCCGCGCUCAGGUCUUCGAUGCGCUUUCGUCGAUGGCCAACAUCUCAGGCUAUCGAGCGGUCAUUGAGGCUGCCAAUCAUUUCCCGCGUUUCUUUACGGGACAAAUUACUGCUGCUGGUAAGGUGCCCCCGGCAAAGAUUCUUGUUAUUGGCGGUGGUGUGGCUGGACUGGCGGCCAUCGGUCAGGCUCGUGGAAUGGGUGCCAUUGUAAGGGCGUUCGAUACCCGUCCUGUGGUGAAAGAGCAGGUCGAGAGCAUGGGUGCGGAGUUCUUGACCAUCAACAUUGAGGAGGAUGGCUCCACUGCUGGUGGAUACAGUAAGGAAAUGAGCAAAGAGUUCAUUGAAGCAGAAAUGACACUGUUUGCGAAGCAGUGCAAGGAGGUUGAUGUGAUCAUUACCACUGCGUUGAUUCCGGGAAAGAAGGCUCCCACGUUGAUUACCGAAGAGAUGGUAAAGUCCAUGAAACCUGGUAGCGUGAUUGUAGAUCUGGCAGCUGAAGCGGGUGGAAAUGUUGCAACGACUGUUCCUGGAGAAAUCAAAGUUGUGCAUGAUGUUGUCCAUGUUGGUUUGACCGAUUUCCCAAGUCGCUUACCAACGCAAAGCUCGACCUUGUACGCAAACAACAUCUCUAAAUUUUUGCUAUCUAUAGGCGAGAAAGAUCACUUUGACGUUAAACUCGAAGAUGAAGUGGUACGCGGUAGCAUUGUUCUGCAAGACGGUACCUUGAUGUGGCCACCACCAGUGAUUUCGGUGUCGGCCAAGCCUCCACCAUCCGUUGCUGCUGCACCGGCUGUAAAAGCGGAAGUUGUUCCACCGAAUCCAUUCAAUGAAACAUUGAAGAGCAGUAUGAUCUACACUUCCGGAUUGGGAGGAUUGUUGGGUUUGGGAGCUAUUUCACCAAAUCCGGCGUUCACUACCAUGAUGACAACUUUUGCAAUGUCCGGAAUCGUUGGUUAUCAUACCGUGUGGGGAGUGACUCCAGCUCUCCACUCGCCGCUGAUGUCUGUGACUAAUGCCAUUUCCGGAAUCACGGCCGUAGGAGGUCUCCUCAUGAUGGGUGGUGGUGUUACCCCAACAAAUGCGAUUGAAACCCUUGCGGCGAGUGCAGCACUGAUUUCGUUCAUCAACAUUUUCGGAGGAUUCCUCGUCACCCAGCGAAUGCUGGAUAUGUUCAAGAGACCAACUGACCCUCCAGAGCACAACUACCUGUACGGUAUUCCGGCGGCAGUGUUCCUCGGAGGGUACGGUCUAGCUGCCCUCCAACAAAUGCCCGAAAUUCAUCAAAUGGCUUAUCUCGCCUCAAGCUUGUGCUGCAUUGGAGCUUUGGUUGGUCUUUCCUCGCAGAAGACUUCUCGACUGGGCAAUUCGCUCGGUAUUAUGGGUGUUACUGGAGGAAUCGCUGCCACCUUGGGUCACAUGGCUCCGAGUACGGAAGUUCUUAUGCAGAUGGGUGGGGUAGCUGGUAUUGGAGGCCUUAUCGGUUCCAUUAUCGCUAAGAGGAUUCAGAUCACGGAUCUUCCUCAGCUUGUUGCUGCGUUCCACAGUUUGGUCGGUGCUGCUGCCGUGCUUACGUGCGUUGCCACCUACAUGCAUGACUUCCCCACGUUGGCAACUGAUCCUGCGGCGAAUGUCCUUAGGACCGCUCUGUUUUUGGGCACCUAUAUCGGUGGAGUUACCUUCAGUGGAUCACUGGUUGCGUACGGUAAGCUGCAAGGAAUCUUAAGCUCAGCGCCAUUGCUGCUCCCCGGUCGUCAUAUGAUUAAUGCUGGCCUUUUGGCCGGAAACAUUGGUGCAAUGGGUAUGUUCUACAUGGAACCAACGAUGGCUGGUGGAUUGGGUUUGCUGGGAACGACGGCUGCUUUGUCGACUGCGAUGGGGGUCACGUUAACGGCAGCUAUUGGCGGUGCUGACAUGCCAGUGGUCAUCACUGUGCUGAACUCCUACUCUGGAUGGGCACUGUGUGCCGAAGGGUUCAUGUUGAACAACAAUCUCAUGACUAUUGUUGGUGCUUUGAUUGGUUCUUCCGGUGCCAUUCUGUCCUACAUCAUGUGCAAGGCCAUGAACCGCUCCCUGCCGAAUGUAAUUUUGGGUGGAUACGGAACCACGUCGACUGGAGGUGGCAAACCGGCUGAAAUUGUCGGAACUCACACCGAAGUAAACGUCGAAGGUUGCGUAGACCUGAUUAAGAACUCGAAGAACAUCAUUAUCACCCCCGGGUACGGAUUGUGUGUAGCUAAAGCGCAGUACCCAAUUGCAGAAAUGGUCAACAUCCUAAAGUCCAAGGGUAAGAAUGUCCGGUUUGGAAUUCAUCCAGUUGCCGGCCGCAUGCCCGGACAGCUGAAUGUGCUGCUAGCGGAAGCUGGAGUACCGUACGACGAUGUGCUCGAAAUGGAGGAAAUUAACGAUGACUUUAAGGAAACAGAUUUGGUGCUGGUUAUUGGUGCUAACGAUACAGUGAACAGUGCUGCGGAAGACGACCCCAACUCGAUCAUUGCCGGUAUGCCGGUGUUGAAAGUAUGGAAGGCUGAUCAGGUCGUUGUGAUGAAACGUUCCCUCGGUGUGGGUUACGCUGCCGUUGAUAAUCCAAUCUUCUACAAACCAAACACUUCCAUGCUGUUGGGAGAUGCCAAGAAAACGUGCGAUGCUUUGCUGGCCAAGAUCAAGGAAGACGUUUAAACAAUUCUAUAUAUGCAUGUGUUCAGAAGCUAAGGGUUUUGUUUCUAAGAGUACAAUUGUCCAAUUCUAUGUGAGAUGUGCCAUCGAGGUUGAUUGAAUGUGUAAAUAUAUGAAAGAACUGUG